GCUACGAGCGCGCGCUACGCCGCUCCUGCUACGACGCGUAGUGACUAUCCGCUACGCAGCGUACCGAUAACCUACGAAAAUACCUGUGACUGUGCAUGCAUAAGGAAUUGAUAAGUGCGUAUACGUAUUUUGUGACAUAUCUAGUACUUUGAAGUGAGUGUAUAUCAGCUUCGUAAUUAAGAAGCAAAACAAUAGAAGAAAAGUAAAAGAUCAACCUUCGUUCAACGUCGACCGUCUACAGUAAAGCGAGCAUUACGUGGAAUAAUUUCACCUGGUCCAUAAGAUAGGUGGUUUCGGGAACAGUAAGUCGGCGUCACUCGGCGACCAUGAGGGGGGGCGGGGGAUAGCAUGACAGAGCCUGCCACGGCGGCCUGAUGGCGCUAGUGCGCCGGAUAUUAGGCGACGCCCAGGCGAAACUCCGCAAAAUGGUUGAUGAGCAAGUGUCGGUUGGGGCUCGGGUAGAGGUCGACGAACCCGAGCCAGCCGACCCUCUCAUCACGCCGGCCAGUUCAGCUCUUGAAAGGUCCGAUUUGGAUCCCAGGCCUAUACCUCCAGAACGCAGGCUCCUCAUAGGAACUCUUGAUAAACGGAACGGCUCACUAAAUGGCGAUAAAGAAGCAACAUUAAAUAGGACGUCCAGACUUUCAAUAAGAAAUGGAAAAGAAAAUCCUUUCUUAGAUGAUGACAAUAAAGAAAAUCAAGCUAAUGGAAAACUGGAAUCUCCCGUGAAAUGGUCGACACAGAACGGCAGCGACAGUGGCACGUACGCCGAAAUAGGCACUGGUGGCAACAGCAAUACUAGUGAAAGGAAUGUGUUGGAUCCUGCUGAUAGUUCCGAAGAAGAGGUGCCUUUGCCUGAUGCUACUUCACCGGGACGGAGUAGCGACGGACCUGAACCAAGAGCAGAUGUUACUGCAGUACUGGAUGGAGAAGCGGCGUCCCCUGGUGGGCGUUCGGACCGGUCUCGACAAGAUGAGGUCCUGGCGUCUCCUGGGAUGCUCACUGCGGCACAGCUAGCCAGGAGACUGCGUCUGGAGAACGAACGAUUGCAGGCGGAGCUGACAAGAGUUCGUCGCCUCCUUGUGGCGGCGGCAGAACGAGGCGAGGCUGGCACGGCGUUGAUUGAGAAGGCGAAAGGAGAAGAUGGCCAAGACUCGGCUCCACUCGACCCGCAGCUGUUGGAAAAAGAGCUGCUAUUGGCAAGAGAAGCUGUAAAUUCGCUCAAAGCAGACAAGAAAAGGCUGAAAGCUGAGAAAUUCGAUUUGCUCAAUCAAAUGAAACAACUGUACGCUACGCUGGAAGAUAAGGAAAAGGAACUGCGAGACUUUAUACGGAACUAUGAACAGAUGCGAUCAAGAGGCGGUGCGUCAUCAGCAUUGGGCGCUGAGCGUGCUGAGAGAGAGAGAGAAAGAGCCGCACUAUUACGUCACGCUCGGGACGAAGCCGAGCGUUCGUUACAACUGGCCGCAGCGCUCAGCGCACGUGACACUCAGUUGAGACACGCUAGGGAACAAUUAUUUGAGGCUCGAAGACAACUCCAAGCGGCAGGGUGCCUCUCCGAGGGCGAGAGCGUGGCGUCUCUUGGCAUGGGGCCUCCUAUGAUGCUUGGGGGUCCCUCGGGCCUCAUCGGAGACAGGGGCAGCUGCAGCGCCGACUCAGGUGUUAGAGGAAGCAGCGAUGGUGGCGCCACGUCGGUGUGUGGAGGCAACCUGUCGGACUCCACCGCAGAAGGGGUGCCCCCCAGCCUUGACCCUUACGACACAGAUGCCGUGUCAUUAGUCUCGUCUGCCCAUCACAUUUAUCAGUUGAGCACACCCCGGGACUGCAGCCCUACACUGUCGCCACACAAUACGGGCUCCCCAUUCACGCGCUCCAUCGACGCGGGAUCACUUUCCAGGUCCGUGGAACAGCUGUCAAGUCCCGGUGAAUGUGAAGCGGCGCUCGUAGGGCUUCGCCCCCGCGGCACGGGCAAGGGCGGGCGCGGGCGUGGUUCCGCCUGGGGCUCUAUAUCGCGAGUGUUCGCCAGGAGCAGGCACCGCACCAAAUCCGGCAGUGCGGCCGUCAGUGGGCAUGAGAGUGAGCCAGUGUACGCCGGCACCGGUAGUACUAGCAGAGCCUGGUCUCCUCUGGGCAGCGAAGCAGCUCUGAGAGAAGCAGCUUCACUGCCAUUGGCAAGAUGGCGGGCGCCAGCCAUCUUGGCUUGGAUGGAAUUGGCGCUUGGUAUGCCCCAGUAUUGCUGUGCUGUGGCUGACAACGUGAAAAGUGGGAAGAUCCGUGCUUUGAAUGGGCAGGUUCUGCUCGAGCUCUCGGAUGCUGACCUGGAGGUGGGCUUGGGGAUCACGCAGCCCAUGCAUCGGAAGAAGUUGCGGCUGGCGAUAGAGGAGAGAAGGCGGCCUGACCUCGUGAGGAACCCUAGCAUCGGGCAGCUGAACCAUUCGUGGGUGGCUGCGGAGUGGCUCCCGGAUUUGGGGUUAUCGCAAUACGGAGAGUCGUUCCUAGUGAACCUAGUAGACGCUCGAAUGCUUGACACCAUCAGCAAGAAGGAGCUGGAAAAGUACCUCGGGGUGACCAGGAAGUUCCACCAAGCCUCCAUCGUCCAUGGCAUACACUUGCUUAGAAUAAUGAAGUAUGAUAGACAGGCUUUGGCGGUGAGGCGACACCAGUGUGAGAACGUCGACGCAGAUCCUUUAGUUUGGACCAAUCAGAGGUUCAUGCGGUGGGCUCACAAUAUUGACUUAGGAGAAUUUGCUGACAACCUAAAAGAUAGCGGAGUCCACGGUGGAUUAGUAGUAUUAGAGCCAUCAUUUACUGGGGAAACUAUGGCAACGGCUCUCGGAAUACCGCCUUCUAAAAGCAUUAUACGAAGGCAUUUGGUUGCGGAAUUUGAUGCUCUUGUGAUACCUGCGAGGAACAUGUUUGGCCACCAAAUCCGAAUGUUGGGUAGACCGUUUUCCAGGUCAGUGGCGACUGGAUUACCGGGAAUAGAUCUUAGCAGUGACUCUCGAAGGCAUAGUUUAAGGGGAUCAAUAUCUCGAGCGCUAGGAGUGUUGAAGCCAAAACACGACCGGACGUCGCCUUCGAGCUCCAGCGAAAGUUCGAGUGUCCUCAGUCUCACCCAGCCCUACCAGAUGACAUACUCCCCGCCCAUAGCCAUGAGAACUUUAUCCCAGCUGAGCAUGACAUACGCCCCUCCACCAACACUACAGGAAUACGAACCGAUAUAUACUCCGCUGAGUCUGUACUCUCAGUCUAGUGUCUCCACAAGAGACAGCCUACAGAAACUCAACGAGAUAAAGGAAAACGCCGGCAUAACGCAUAGAUUUGGUCAGAAAGCAGAUCAUGCUCAUAGAGUGAGCUCACCUCUCCCAGCGAAAUCCGUGGACGAUACGGCUGUGAAGCAGAAGCGACAUCGCCGCGUCAAAAGCAUUGGUGACAUCAACGCUUGUACAAAAACGUCAGUGUAAAGCAAAGUGUCAAUUGUAGUCGCGCAACCAUCGCGGGACUAUAAAACAUAGAUUUUUAAUAAAAUGGACAGCGCAAGUGUUACGUGGUCUCUGAUUAUUUUUAUUAAGUAUUAUGAAACUGUUAUCUGUAACCUUAUGUAAAAUUUUAUGUUUCCUAUUGGGGAUACGAAUAAAUUUUCAUCCAUAUCCAACGAGAAACAUUUUUAGCAGUCAUGAUAAUUUUAAUUGGGGUAAUUUGUAAUUUUAUUUUGUUUCUCCGAAAGUCUUAUGAAACAAAAGCACGAAAGACGUUGCUGUAAACUUGCGUUAACUAUUAAUUCUAAUCUAUGUAUAGAACCAAGUGUAGUUAAUUUAUAGACAUGUACAAUAUCGCAUAUCACAAUUUGAUAAAAAUAUUUGUGAAUAUAUCACAAACCAGAUCGUGUUUUAAUUGUAACUUCAAUUUUUCUUAUGAUAAUCAGUGUUCCAUAUACAAUAGUGUUGUACUAAGUGUAACUUUUUAAAUGUUUUAAUGAUUUCGGUAUAAAAUAGUCAUGCUUUAUUUAAUAGCCCAACACUGUGAUAAUAAAUUAUCUCACGCGUUCAACAGGAGCUUCUGAUUUUAUAUAAUUGAAUGUAGUUAAUAAUCAAUUAAUUAUGUACCAGUAUUAACAAUCCUAUCGAGCUUGAUACCCUUUAAAACUGAUGUGCUGAUGCCGGGAAUGUUUUGACAUGAUGUUCAAUAUAUUCCUUUUACUAUGGUGUACUUACAAUUGAUAAGAAUCUCAGACAGAAAACGAUCAUUUUUCAUUUUGACAGAGGAUUGAAGCUGCUCUGCCUAAUAAAACAUUACACAUUUGGGAGCUGAACAGGAAUGUCCUUUCGUGUAUCCCAAUGGUACAUCAAAUGGUACCUUGACGAGUUGCCUUCUUUUCAUGUUGCUUUCGACCCUUAUACUUAUAGAAACUGCGCAUAUUUCUUUUAUUAAUAAUUCUUGAAGACAAAGAAAAAUAUUACCGACAACAGCACGUCUAUUUAUAUAAAACCGUUUUAUUUUUUAUAGAAUACGAGUUUAUUAAGUAUA